GGAAUGCCAGUUACAUGGCAUAAAGUUCUGAUUGAUGCCAUUCUGGCUUGGCACUGUGGCUUACAAUGUCGAGUAUAAAGAGAUCUACGUGCGCUGCCUCCCUGAUACUACCACAAGUCGUCAUUAGACCCCAUGGAUCCACAAGGUGAUAAUUUAUCCUCCCAAACCCUUCCUGCCUCCUUCUCUUUAGAGAGUAGUAUGAGUGCUCCAAAAGCCGAAUCAAACAUGAGUGGCCCGGCUGCAACAUCUACUUUCCCCGAACCGAGUAUCCGAACUAGUUCGCCUCCAGCCUCCGAUAUGGAUAUGGACACCACCACCAACCGACCUCCAUCUCUGCCACCUCAGAGCCCUCCAAGCUCUCAUCGUCCAGAGACAGUGCUGCCCCGUCUUACGCGCCUCCGUCUCCAAGAAGGGUUGCGUGACUCGGGUCGGACUGGCGUCUCAACAGAAGAGAUUUUAAGCAUCGACGAUUCCGGUCACCGAACCGCCGACGAUAUCCUCCUUUGCAUUGGUCAAUCCUUCAACGAGCCGCAGCCUCCCUCUCAACUGGAAUCAGACGUGGUAAUGCAGCGCGACCCCUCAACUGCCGCAGCGCCUCCGUCCGACCCGAUUGCGAAGGCACUCACCGAAAUGCAUACCGAUAACAAGAAACGUCUCGCUGAGCGCCGCCGAAGGCGUGCCGUCAACGGCUCUCGGAGCGGACGGGCUCAUCCCAAACCCCGUCGCUGACUGACAAGAG